GUCCACGUAGCAAUCGUGUUGUUUACAAAAUGGCGGAUGAGGGGAUUGAUUCUAUCGACAGGGAGAAAAACGAUUCGCAAAAUAAAAAUGAAAGAGAGAAACUGGCGAGGGAAUUAUCGGGCGAUUAUGCCAAAUAUAUGCAUUUGGACGUUACCAAACAGAAGCAGGUACUUGAAGAAAACAUUGAAGAUAUGUUAACAAGAAUGGAUGAGUAUUGUGGAUUGAUUGAUAUGGUAAGAAGUGAUGGAGCAUUGUGUUUUGGCCACACACUUCCAGAAAUUUAUGCCAAAGUCUGCGAUUUAGAAAAAUUAUUUGUUAAGAUAGAUAAGUUGCAAUUAUUCAUCAACAUGAUACAAAAAAAUCUGGAUGUGAUGGAAGAAAGAAUGAAUGAUGCAGAGUGCCAACUAAGUAACAGUUCUGUAAAGAAAUUGUUUACAUCCUUGCAGAAACCUCUUUUUUCUAAAAAGAACCCUUCUCCAGAUCAAAAAAUUUUACAGUACGAGCCACCCGAGUUAUUUGAAACAGCCAACUAUUUUUCUGAAAACCAGAACGGAUACACACGUGCCAAAACUAAUAACUUGAAUAACGAGAACAAACCCGAAACAGAAAAUGAUACCGAAGAGAUCGUGUAAAUUUGUGGAUAGUUAUAUUUAUAUAU